GUGUCCUGCCUGACGGGAUUCAUGGCCACGUAGGAUGAUGACGGGUAGCGAUGUGGAUGCGCGGAUGAGGAUCUGAAGAGAGGAGGAGCGAAGAAGGAGACAAGAGAAGAAGCAGACGAGAGGAGAGGAGACAAGAGGAGAGUAGAGGAGAGGGGAGAGGAGAGGUGAAAAGCUGAGGACUUUUGAAUUUGAGCAGAGAGAAGCAGGAGGAGGAGUAAGACGUUCUCAACUUCCGACCUUGUUAAUCCUGACUCACAAGCCUCCUUGUUCUUCGCUAUGUCUCUCGUCACCAAGGGAGCGACGAUCCUCAAACUUCUCUUCCUCAUCCUGGUCAUUCUCCCUGCUCCCUCCAAAUCCUUUUUGGUGUCGCCGCCUCCUGUUCGCCGCGGCUUUGCGAUUAGCUCGUCAUUGAGGGAGGGCGAACAUGCGAGGCUUCGAGACGAGAGUGCCGGGUUGCGGGAGGAGAUCACGGGGGUCGAGUCCUUCGACAAGGCAUGGGCUAAGGCCUGGAAUGACAAGGAAAGGAUUCGAUGCCCAUUCUGGAGACGACGAGCGGUGGAUGCGCUCGAAGCCGCUCUCGUGGUCGGACGGUUCGUGCUUGCCAGGCACAAGUCUCUGAACCUCUCGCCUGCUGCUGAGACAGGGGAGAAGAAGCCAAUGAGCAGCGCUGCGGAGGCUCUUGAAGUGAUUCGAAACGACUUCCUUGAGAGAAGGUAUUACGUGACGGGACGUCUGAGCAAGGCCAUCUACUCCAACGACUGCUUCUUCGACGCUCCUGACCCUGACAUGCCGGUGAGAGGUCUGAGGAAGUACGUCGAUGCGACUUCGCAUCUCUUUGAGCCCAAGUCUUCCUCCAUCGACCUCUUGUCCAUCGAGACCGUCGACGACUCUGCGGUCCUCGCGAGGUGGCGGCUAGAAGCGACUCUGAUGCUGCCCUGGAGGCCAUCGGUCAAGGCAUACACGGGGGUGACGCUCUACGAGCUGAACGAGGAGGGCCUGGUCUCUCGUCAUACUGAGCUGUGGUCGAUCACGGCAGCAGACGCCUUCAUCUCCACCUUGUUUCCCAACUGGUAUGAAGAGCAACAGCAUACUCGCUGUUGGUAA